CCCAUCUUCCAAUGUCCGGAAGACAUGCCAGAUCUACAAGGCAGGACUGCUAUCGUUACGGGAGGUGCAUGCGGGAUCGGCAGCGAAAUCGCUCGCGCCCUCGUCAUCCACAAGUGCCGAGUCAUAAUGGUCAACGUCCACGAAAAGCAAAGCACAGACGCCGUCUCCAAGAUCCGCAAAGAAGUUGGCGCAGCGAAUGCAUCCCUCGAACAUCGUUACUGUGACAUGACAGACCUGAUCCAAGUCCAAGAAGUCUUUUCUGCUCUCUGCGACGAGCUUUCCCGCUUAGAUCUGUGUAUCUUUGGCUCGGGGAUUGAUCAAGAGCACUUUACUACCGAUCUGCACUGCAUAGAUGCUUACUUUGGCAUGAUGUGGCUGGGACACUUUUACGCUAGCAAUUUGCUUUGGCCGCUCUUGCGCAGGACAUCGAGGAUACCUGAUACGCCUGCCCCUCGAGUGAUCUUCGAAGCUCCGGGUCAACAACGCCGUCAAAGCCUCUCUGACGGCUCUUCGUCCAGCGAUGAAGAAGAUUUGCGCCUCACUGCAGAAGUCAAUUCUGAAAUCUUUAGACGCAGCAAGACGACUUUGCUGUUGGGUGUUAGGCAUGGACUUGCCGAGCGCAUUGUCAAACGCCAUCAUGACAACAUCUAUGUUCUUGCUGUGCAGCCUUCGAAAAAUGCUGCAGAUGAAGCAGCACAGCCGAGAAGGGAUAGCCAUUGGCAACCUUCUGAUCUUUGCGAUUGUGUGUUGGACACCCUGAGCAAGGAUGAGACUUUUGCCGCUCGCAGUAGCUCGCGUCCAGUUCUCUAUGCUGCGACCUCUGACGAUGUCGAGAGCAAGUAUUUGAACGGUGCUUAUUUGGUUGAUGUUGGUGUGUCAAAACCGGAGAAACACGCAGCCGCUGAUCCAUGUCUGGGUCCCGGCUUCUACGAUAUUUCGGAGAGGGCCAUCAAGGCAGUAGUCGGCAAAGAUGCAAUGGUGCCUUGG